CUAGAAAAAGCCAGAGAGGGAAUCAGAAGACAGUGCCCCAGCCUUCUGUUUUCGGUUUAUCAAAGCAAUGGCUUCUCUCGACACCGACGUGACGAUGGUCCCCGCCGGCGAGGGUCCAAGCGACGCGCCACCGUCCUCGUCCGCCGCUUCCGCAUCCUCGUCAUCGAAGAAGGCCAAGCGAUUCGAAAUCAAAAAGUGGAACGCUGUCGCUCUCUGGGCUUGGGAUAUUGUUGUGGAUAACUGUGCUAUAUGUAGGAACCAUAUCAUGGAUCUCUGCAUUGAGUGUGAAGCUAACCAAGCUAGUGCCACAGGAUCAUCAUCUUUAUUGUUAUUGUGUAAUAUGAUCUGUUUUUUGAUGCUCUGUUUAGGCAUCGAGUGUCAAGCUAACCAAGCUAGUGCCACAAGUGAGGAAUGUACUGUUGCUUGGGGGGUUUGCAACCAUGCAUUCCAUUUCCACUGCAUCAGCCGUUGGCUCAAGACACGUCAAGUGUGUCCAUUGGAUAAUAGUGAGUGGGAGUUUCAGAAGUAUGGCCAUUAGAAGGAUUGCUGCAUUUAUGUUGAUCCUCUCACCCUCUGCUGCAGCAUGAUUUCAAAUGAAUGUUCGAACCACUAUGAUUUUACUCUUGAUGCAUACUUUGGUUUCAGAAAUUCUUGAGAGCAACUAUAAUAUGGAGUGCAAUGUGUGCAAUAUGUAGUCGCAUGAUCUUUUCUUAGGAAUAUAGUUGCUUUAAGUCUGAUCUAUUCUGCACUGUAUUUUGGUGGUUCAACCACUUAAGCCCGUUUUACAUAUCUGGUGAUAUAGUACUUCUCUAUUUGGAUGAAAUGUUGGUUUACUCUACAAA